AUACAUGACAUGACUUGGUGAAGCUACGCCACCGUCACCGUUAACAUUAUCCAGGGUGGAUCGGCCACUUCCUUUCUCACUCUCAAAUCUCUCCCAAAUCCACAUACGUCUCUCCCUCUCUCCACUUCCACACGAUUCCAUAAAAGCAUCCCUCUCUCUCUCUCUCUCUCUCUCUCUCUCUCGUUGAUUCAUCUGCCUCUUCCUCUUCUAUGUCUAUACCCUUUCUCAUCGACUUACUAACCCUAAAGUGAGCGGCUUUCAGAUUAUUUAUUUAGUAAUCAAAAGAGCAACAAGUAGAUGAUGAGGAUGGUGAAGACAAUCAACAGUAGUCAAAGUCCCACGGGUCUUUCUGUCUUUCUCAUAGUUAAUGCUUAUCCCAAAAGGUACUCUUCCAAGAUCCCCUCUGAUUUAGUCCUCUUUUUGGGCCUUGGCUUCAUAGAUUGGUAGGGGGGUGUCUUCUCUGCUGCAUCUGAUUCAAUAAAUAUCGGUAUUUCUUCUGUUCCUGUCAUAAAUACCAUGGAAUUUCUCUUGAUCUUGAUUCGAUAUAUGGAGAUUCAUGUGUUAGGAGGUGACCUAGAUAUAGAUUUCAUCUAGGUAAAUCAUUCUUGUGUUCAGAUAUAUAUAUUUAUUUCCCGAUUCAUCUGCCCAAAUACUCUCUCUCUCUCUCUCUCUCUCUCUCUCUCUCUCUCUCUCGUCCGUACAAAAAGUCUUAGAGUCUUGGAUCAUAAUAAUUCAGAAAAAAAUUGGGUUUUCUUUUUUGUAUUCAGCUAGUAAUAUGAAAGCUGAAUCCAUCUUUCUUUAGUUUCUAGGCAUAUUGAAAUGAGCCUUAUGAUGAAGAAUUCAAAUCCACGAUCUCAACUUAUAGCUCUUAGAAGUGUGAUUUCGUGAGAUGGGAGAUUCCCUUCUCACUGGUUUUUUAAUGUUAAAUCAUCAUCCUUCAACUUUUCUGUCAAUGGAUUCCAGCGCCUCUUCUUCUCACGAUGAUUUAGACCUAGAAAUGAGUCACCAGAUUAUCAACCCCACCCGUCCUCCCGACAUCAAUCUCCCUCUCUCAGAUGAAAGAACCUCCCCACCCUCAUGGAAUCAAGAUCAGUGUGAGGUUCUCGAUGUUGGAGUUGGACUAGCCUCACAGCUAUACGAAACCGAAAGCUUCCUAAACGUCCCUAAAGUUGGAAGAAAGUGUGCCAAAAGAGUAGAUAGCAUAUGGGGUGCUUGGUUUUUCUUCAGUUUUUACUUUAGGCCAGUUCUGAAUGAGAAAUCCAAAUCAAAGAUUGUAAGAGACAGCAAUGGAGUUUCUGGGUAUGAUAAAUCAGACCUGAAUCUUGAUGUUUUCAUGGUCCAACAUGAUAUGGAGAACAUGUACAUGUGGGUGUUCAAAGAAAGACCUGAAAAUGCAUUGGGGAAGAUGCAGUUAAGAAGUUACAUGAACGGGCAUUCAAGACAAGGGGAACGCCCCUUUCCUUUCAGUGUUGACAAGGGGUUUGUUCGAUCUCAUAGAAUGCAAAGAAAACAUUACAGAGGCCUCUCAAAUCCCCAAUGUGUCCAUGGAAUUGAAGUUGUCCCUUUGCCUAAUCUAACAAUACUCGAUGAAGAUGAACUCAAAAGAUGGACAGAACUGACUGGAAGAGAUUUAAAUUUCUUGAUCCCAUCUGAAGCCAGUGAUUUCAGUUCAUGGAGAAAUCUUCCAAAUACCGAAUUCGAACUUGAAAGGCAACCUGUAACAAGAACCAACAAUUUGAACUCUCAGUCAAAGAAGUUGCUGAAUGGGUCAGGGCUAAAUCUGUCAACUCACACCAAUGGGGAUGCUGACCUGUCACCCGUCAUCAAGAAAAGGAAAGACCUGUUGGAAGAUAUCUGUUUGACUGUUAAUAAUCAUCCUCCUGAUGGGUUACCAAACCCAAAUCCAACCCCAAACCCAAACCCAAACGAGCCGUAUUGGUUGAAUGAGUUUUCUGGGGUUGUGAGGAAUGCGUGUGGGCCCGUGACAGCUGCAAAGACCAUAUAUGAAGAUGAAGAAGGUUACUUGGUUGUUAUAAGCUUACCAUUUGUUGAUCUUCAAAAGGUUAAAGUGUCUUGGAGGAAUACCCUUACGCAUGGCAUUAUAAAGGUAUCUUGUAUAAGUGUUUCUAGAAUGCCAUUUGUAAAAAGACGUGAUCGCACCUUCAAGCUGACUGAUCCGUGUUUAGAGCACUGCCCUCCUGGGGAAUUUGUGAGAGAAAUUCCACUGUCUACCCGUAUUCCUGAAGAUGCAAAUAUAGAAGCUUAUUAUGAUGGGCCAGGGUCAGUGUUGGAAAUUUUGGUCCCAAAGCUUCGUGAAGGGCCUGAAGAACAUGAAGUGCGUGUUUGUCUUCGGCCUCAUCUUGUUGGUAAUGAACUUAUGUUGACUUGAGAAGAUGGUCAAAGAUGGUCAAAGAUGGUCAAAGAUGGAGGAGGAGAUUGGUUUCUAGUUUAGUAAAAAUCUUUAGUAUCAUAUCAUGUUUUGUGUUGUUGUGUGAAGUCUCAUACCCCCAGUCAUGUAUUAGCAUAAUGGAUUGGUUGCUAGAAUAAUACCAUGAUUAUCUUAUUAUA